AUGACACGUCCUCCAUCUCUCACGCACCCACCUCGAAGGCCGGCCUCUCUCGCUCGCACAACCCGACUACCUCUCAGCCUACGGCUCCGUGUCGAACCUCAACAUGUCGGUCCUCCCGCCCGGAUACAUCGAGGCGGCGCCUAUCCAGGCAACGAGGCUGGACGGAUCGAAGGUCGUGUUGAAGAGGCGGAAGAGGCUGGAGGGGUGGAAGGGCGUUGGAGCGGGUGCGACGUCGAACAAGAAGGAGGAACUCGCUGCGCUGGAACAACUCGCGUCGAGCAUGCUCGAGAAACCUUACCACCCUCUCCUCCGCGGGUCGAGCACGCUGCCGCGAUGGCAGAGAAGCAGCGCGAGGCCGAUGCUACGAACGCCGCCCUCCUCGCUUCCUCGCCAUCGAAGACCUCCCGCGCCGCCGCUACGCCCGUCGAGACCACUCUCUGGACCGACCGGUACCGGCCGAAACGGUUUGUCGACUUGCUCGGCGACGAGCGCGUCCACCGCACCGCCCUCCUCUGGCUCAAAGAAUGGGACGCCUGCGUCUCCAAAGGCACCUCGAAGGCGACUGCUGCGGCCGAGCUGAAGCGCGAGAGGAGCAAAAAGAGGGCGAGGGAGGGGACCUUCGGUGCGGGAGGAGCGGAGGGAGGAGGCUUUCAGGAGGCGGUACGCUCCCGACCCGUACGGACGGCCGCAAGAAAAGAUUCUCCUCCUCUCCGGCCCCCAGGACUGGGCCAAACCACCCUUGCUCACGUCCUAGCCCGACAAGCAGGCUACCAAGUCCUCGAAAUCAACGCCUCGGACGACCGGACCUCCCGUAUCGUCGAUGAGCGCAUCCGGAAUGCGGUCGAUUCGCAGGCGUUGACGAGUGGGUGGAAGCCGGGACGAGGGGGAGCGGGCGGGAAAGGGAAGGAGAGGGAGAGGGAGGAGGGAGCGGUGAGCCCUACGUGUGUUGUGGUGGAUGAGAUUGAUGGAGCGGGAGGCGGAGGAGAUACGAGCUUCGGCAAGACGCUCGUCAAGCUCGUCACGGAGGGCUCGUUGCUGAAGAAGCCGUCGAGAAAGGGCAAGGGCAAGCAGCAACGACCGCUACUCCGGCCUAUCAUCUGCAUCUGCAACGACCUCUACGCCCCUGCCCUCCGCCCUCUCCGGCCCCUCGCUAAAAUCAUCCGCUUCAACCCGCUUACCGCGCCCAUGCUCAUCAAGCGCCUCCGCACGAUCUGCGACGUCGAAGGAUUGUCGACGGAGAACAAGCAUCUGUCGCUGCUGGUUGACGUCGCUGAGGGCGACUUGCGGAGUUGCUUGAACACGCUGCAGUUCAUCAAGCGCAACGGCUCGACCGUUGACGAGCACGCGAUCCGCUCCUCCGCCCUCGGCCAGAAAGACACCGGCACAUCCUCGUCGCAAGUCCUCGACCGGCUGUUCAAGAAGCCGCCGAGGAAGCGCGGAGCACCCUCGGGUGACGGAGUCGGCGCGGACGAGCGCAACCCGACGAAGACUGCUGCGUCCGUUGCGCCUGAGGCGAAGCAGGCUGUCGACUUCUUCGGGCGCGCUAUUCUCCCUAAAGCAGGGUCUCCCGCAGCAGCUGCAGAAGGCGACUCGCUCGCCAUCGCGCCGCCUCCGCUGAAGCGCGUCCGACAAGCGACGUACCGCUUCAACGAGGGCUUCUCGAAUGCGGUCCGCGUCAAUAAGAAGGUCUCCGAUUUCUUCUAG